ACACGCCCACACACAGUGACACAUGCACGCCGCACUGCAGGCUUGCAGCGCAGCAGGCCCAGCUAGCUCAGUAGCUCGCCAGUAUAUUUCAUGGCCCAAGACGCACGCGAAGCCCCAGCUGGUCGCGGCCGCUCCUCCGCUCCACCAAGCACCGGCAUGAUGUGGGAGUCUCCUCCUAGCCAGAUGCCAACGCACGCACCCUUCCCCUCCAGUAGCCCCUACACCGGCGCGUUCGUCGGCGGGGCGGUCACAGCCGGCGGCGCGCAGCUCUCGCCGGCGGCGGCCGACUCGUCGCACCUGCCGAGCGAGCACGUCCACGGCCACGCCUGGAACCAGAGCGCCCAUAGCGUGGCAGCGCAUGGGGGCAGCGGCUACAGGGAGAACUUCCUUUCUCUGCUCGGGGCGACGACGAACGUGGCGCCGGAGAUAUUCCAGGACGUCCCCGCGGCGUGCGACUACCUCGCAGGGCCGGUGGGUGCCACGGCGGCGGCGGCGGCUGGCAACACGGCCGGCGGCGCAGCUGCCUACGGCCUCGGCAGCGUCGACCGUGUGGCGCACGGGAGCAGCGUGGGCUGCGCGCCACGCUACGACCACGAGGUGAAACCAGCAGACUGCAGCUUGCAGCAGGGGUUUGGAGCUCCCACGGCUUCAUCAUUUCUGCAGCAAAUGAUCCCUACACGGGUGGAGAUUCAGACUGCUCUGGGUUAUCCCGGCAUGGGAUCUGGGAGACCGACGGAGUCUUCUUCUUUUGGCGUGGGGAGCUUGCCGGAUGCCGGUUCUUUUGGUGGUUACAGGCCAGCUGCAGAAUUCAUGUCUACGAACAGCAGUACACAGGAGCAGGAUAUUAGGCCGGGGAUGGGCAGUAGCAGCAGUGGAAGUGGAGCAGCCAGAGUAGCCACGAGGAGGAGAUCAGAGGAGAGGGGCGGAGGAAACGCGAAGAAAUCGAAGCAGGAGGCUUCCCGCAAGGCGUCGCCACCCAAGGCUCAGGCACCCAAAGUGAAGCUGGGAGAGAAGAUCACAGCACUGCAGCAGAUCGUGUCACCUUUCGGGAAGACUGAUACAUCGUCGGUGCUGUUUGAGACGAUCGGGUACAUCAAAUUUCUUCAUGAGCAACUACGGGUACAUGCAGUAAGCCAUUAUAUCAAUCUGACAUAAAGAAGUGAGUUGGCAGGAGAUGGCGAUCUUGCUCCAGUUGAUACAUGUACAAUUAAUCACAGAUGUGUGUAGAAGUAAGAUUGUGUAGAAGAUGGCGAUCUUAAUCCAGUUGAUACAUGUACGAAGCCAGCUAAAGUGCUAAACUUGGUGCCAUUUUUUUUAGAUUCUAAACUUUAUUUAAAUAUAACCGUACAUGGUACCGGUACAUGCUGGUACCUUGCAUAUAAAUCAAUUGUUGUAUCAUAUAUAUAUAUCAUUUUUUCUA